AUCGAUUCCAAAAGGCACGCUCUUUCUAGUGGUCACUGUUAAGCAUUGGCUCACUAGCUCGAGCUGCCUUCUAUCAGAUGGGAUCUUCCCAUUCAAAGUCCAAGGGAUUCAAGGCAUCAACAACUGUCGAGGAACUGGCGACCGCCACUGGCAGUACCGUCAAGAAACCGAAGCGUCGCAACCAUCCACUUGAGUGGGAGGUGUUGUACUUGCGGCGAUGCUUGCUGUUCUUUAUUCCCGUUGAGCUGGUCGACCUGAUCAUCGACCACGCUCAGUAUUGGCCCCAGACCUCUUGGUUCCUAGGAUAUAAGCCUGAUUUUACGCUCCCUUUCACGAGGCAUUCAGCCGACAACAAUUCACAUUGGCUCUACGUUCAGUGUGGACCGAUUGAUUUGGAAGAAAAAGAACGAGCGAUACAGGUUCGAGAGAAGUUGUUGGCGAAGAAGAAGUGGAGUGAUUUCAAGUUUAGCAGGAAGGAGAAAGUAUCGAAUGUGGCAGCAGAAAAGGAGAAGCCAAAGGCGAUACGGAAGGUGAAGAAAGUGGUGUUUAGGAUUUGGAGCCAUGACCAAGGACGGGGUGCUCAGGAACCCCAUUUGACAGGUUACGAAGCAUCUUUCACAUGGUUCGAAGCUGCGAUAUGUCCAGGCGAAGAACUGCCAAAGGGGCCGAUGGGGUCUGUAAGGGAUCUAGACUACCCUCUUUUGGAAGACGUGGUCGACCCACUCACGCUUCCCCCAAGAAAGGCGGGUGUAUGGAAAAUCUGGCAUUUACAAAGUAAUAUUCGUGGUUCGGCAGACGAAGCCCUGCACGAAAUUGUUUGGACCGACAGGGAUGAUGAAUCCCAAACCGCUACAUCGUGGAACCCGAAAGAGACCGGUAGUGGUGCUGGCACCGGAUUCGUGCGCUCGAUUCAACCUCGAGAUGUAAUCGCCGUGGUCGCCAGAGCGAGGCCAAGAGGAUUAGUCGAACCAUUUAGUGUUUUCCCUAAGCGCCUUUUCUUUUGGGAGAGAUGA